CUCUCCGCUCUCUUCCUCUUCAUCUUCCUCUUACAAACCCUAAAAGAAGUAACCCCAACUCGAACCCUAACACUAACUCUAACCCUAGUUUUCCUUUUUCCAUUUCCGGCGCUUCCCUUUCCUCUCCCCUCUCCCCUCUUUCCCCUUCGGGCUCCCUUUCUCCUUUAUAGAAACCGCACAAUUUUCACCUCGUCGCCUCUCCCAACAAGCCCUAGAGACCCCCUCUGCAGCGAUGUCGAAGGCCCAGGAGCCGGAGAUCAAGGAGAAAGGCGGCGACCUCGAGGCUGGGGCCGGCGGCGGCGGCGGGGGCCCAGCCUCCGCCGGCAAGGGAGCCGCCGCAGACGCCGUACUGUACCCGAAGAUGACGGAGGAUCCGAGGCUCCGUUGGGGGUUCAUCCGCAAGGUGUACGCGAUCCUCGCCGCCCAGUUCGUCUUCACCUCCGGCGUCGCCGCCGCGGUCUCCUACGUGCGCCCGGUGCCCGCCUUCAUCCUCUCCAACACCGCGGCCUCGUGGACCGUCUUCGUCGCCGUGCUCCUCUCGCCGUUCCUAGCGCUGUGGCCGAUGCUGCGAUACAGAGAGCGCCAUCCGAUCAAUUUGGUUCUCCUUGCGGUGUUCACGUUCUGCAUAAGCUUGGCCGUGGGAUUGGCGUGUGUUACCGUGAGCGGCAAAGUUGUCCUCCAAGCUGCAGUACUCACAGCUUCAGUUGUGGUCGGUCUCACCCUCUACACAUUCUGGGCCGCCAGGAGAGGUCAUGACUUUGCCAUCCUCUACCCUUUCUUGUUUGCUUGCCUUCUGGUGUUGAUUGUGUACGCCAUCAUGCAGGUUUGCUUCCCAUUGGGUAGGAUCGGGUCGACCAUCUACGGGUGUGUGGCCACUCUCAUUUUCUCCGGCUUUAUUGUGUACGAUACCGACCGGUUGAUCAAGCGACACCAGUACAGCGAGUACAUUGAAGCUGCAAUAUCCCUGUACCUGGAUGUCAUCAACCUUUUCAUGGCAACACUCACUUUCUCUUCUGUGCAGUGACCAACGCCUGCUUAGUCGCUUUCUAGCCUUUCGAGGGCAUUUGCUUUAGUUAGAUUUGGAUCUAGCAACAUACCUGAGCUUGUUGUGGUCGUAAUGAGCUCGACAGUGUUGUAACUAUGCAGCUAAAGGAACAGUCCAUGGUAUAUGGAAUUUGUUCGGGCUUUGAAAUAGAAAAGCUAUUCAGAGGUUGGCUUUUAAGUAAAUUGCUCUUAGCAUGGUAAUCGCGCAUGCGCACCGGACCUCUUUACUCUCACUUUUUCAUCUCCAUAAUGGAUCUGUUACUAGUUUCCUCCA